AUGAAUCCUAAUAACAAUUUUCAAACUUUUUCUAUUCAUGUUGAAAAAAUUGUUUUUAUAUUUUGUGUUUUAGAACUUAUUUCAAUUAUUUAUUUUUAUCAAUCAGAUAUUCAUCAUCCAUUAGGAAAUUGUCAAAAAGUUAAUGCUACUGAUGUAGAGGAAAUUUCUACUGGACGUGGCCCAGGAAAAAUGAUAACUGUUGAAAAAGAGAUAUGUAAUACAAAUAAUUUUGUGAAUUUUUUUGUUAUUGCUCAUUUUGUAGCUGAUAUAUUAUGUUUAUGUUCUUUUCCAACAUACCGAGCAACUUUAAUAUUUCCAUUAUUAAUGAUUAUUAUAGCUAAUAUUAUUUCAUCAACAAUUUUUUUAAUCUUUAAUUUGGGAUAUGUUAUUUUUAAAGAAAAAAUUGAAUGGUUUACUCCUACAUUUAUCUUAUUCCAACUUCUUUUACGUCUUUAUCAAUUUACAGUAACAAGAAGAUAUUACUGGUACAAAAGUUGGCAGGAUGAAAAUAAGCAUGUUCCUGUGAAUAAUCUUCUUACAGAGGAUGACUACCCUUUUCAAUUUUAA